GGCUGGGGACGGGGGAAGGGCUCUGCACCGGAUGGUGGUGGGCUUGGAACAGGCUCCCCAGGGCGGUGGUCGUGGUUCCAAGCCUGUCGGUAGCGCUGAAGAAGCAUUCGGACAAUUCACUCGUGGAGAUUUAACACUCACCUUGCCCUUUGUGGAGCCGGGAGCUGGACUCGGUGCUUGCCACGGGUUCCUUCCGCCCCACUGAUCCCGUUUUGCAAUGGUCAAGCAAAGGGGCGUUCGCUAACGGGUGGUGGGAUGUGCGUGAGCGUGCAGCGUACGCGGAGGUGACCGAGUGCUCGUGCUCGUGCCCUGUGCUCCGCCAGUCUGCCUUACGCACGCGCACGCCUCCUCGCAGCCACCGCUGAGCCUUUUGCGUUGGUCUGCUGAUGUCUCCAGCCCUCCCGGCGGGUGAGGACGGCCGUCUGCAAACGUGCGGGCUGUGAAAUGAGCACUUCUGGGCGUAUCGUCCCAGGUUGCCCUCUGGAGGUUUCUGUUUCUUCCGCAGCAGUCGGUGCUGGGAAGGACGAGGUGUAGGAGCCUGUUGUAAUCAUGGCUGCUCCCUUUUCAGACAUGCAUUUCUCCUUGCCAGGGUACGUUCCUGUAUCUGUUUCUUUCUCUCCCCGUAUUUGUCCACUGUAAUGUUCAUUACCAUCAUCUCCUCUUCCUUCCCCUCUUCCUCUCUUCCUCCUCCUCCUCCUCCUCCUCCUCCUCCUCAGAUCCUCAACUCUUGAAGACAGUAUUAAACAGUACGAGCAGGAUCUGGCCAGGAAGCUGUACCAGUCCCGGCAAUGGGCUCCUGCUCCCGGGGCCAGGCCAGCUCAGAUGCCUAGUCCAGUGCAGAGUCACGCCUCGAGAACCCCUGGGUCAGGAAACCAAUCCAGGAUGAAAUCCCUUGAACAGGAUGCUCUUAAAGCCCAAAUGGUCAUUGCCAAGUCCAAGGAGGGAAAGAAGCGCAGCACUCUGGAGCAGGUGACAGAGUCACCUUCGCCCGUUCCUACCCCGUCACCGACGCCACUGGAAGAUUGCAGUCCCAGGAACGUCACUUCACCAGGAAGGCUGUCCAUGUCUGAAAAGAAGUUUGACUACCGGGAAUUUGCUGCUAUUCCUUCCUCCAAACCUGUUUACGAAAUCCAGUCUCCUGAUGCAGCUGAUGAGCUCGGAUACGUGGAGGACAGAAAUAACUCAGUUCCUCAGGAGCAAGACGGGCAGCCGGAGGAGGAGGAAAUGCUAUUAACACGUGACUCAUCAACGCCAACCGCAUCUGCACUUGAAGAGAUGGCUCUGUACAGCAGCAAACGCAAACUGCGGCACGGCCGGCGCAGCCUGGAGGCCGCCGUCCCGACGUAGGCAAUCCAAAGCUCCUGGGCUUUGGGAUGGCCCGACAUGGGGCUCCUGAACUUCCCGUGCUCCAGGAGCAGCACCAGACCGCCCGUAGCGCUGCCUCCGGGGCUCCGGGUGGAACUGAGCGUCCCGGGAGCGUUGCGGUCGACCGACUUCCUUAAGGCUGUGAAGCGCCCUGUUUUCUCCCCCAGUGGGGCACUGGGGCACGUCCUGAGCCCACGUGGGGCCCACUGAUGGAUGGCUAAGCAAGAGGAAGCGUGGGCAGGGCACGGGCAGCUGCAGUUUGUUAGCCUGUAAAUAUUGGGUAAGGGGGGAGGGAGGGGGCACGGUAGGACAGGGAGAGCGUAGAGUGUGAGUGCGUUGGGCUCCGGCUGUUAUUUCCUCAACUCGGGUCUUUCGUUUAACGGUUUCGUAUGAGAGAAUCAUAGAGUGGUAGAAUUCUGUGAGAGCUUCUACUGCGGUCUGAGUGAGAAGGAAGUUCCAGCCUUCGCUCCCGUUGGGUUUCCAGUCUUUCGCCAAGAAGCGUCUUCUUCCACCUCCCACACUGCGUCACCCCGCUUUCUUUUGGGAGCGUGUGGAAGCUCGGAGGACAAAAAAAAAAAAAGCAAAAAA